CCCUAAAAUCAGCCUGUUUUAUUCUGUGAUACUUGCUAGUACAGAUGAGAUACCCAACUUACUAGAUCGAGACAGAUUUUUUUCUGUCAAGGACAAGUGACAGUUAUUCUACUCGAGUUUAGACUAGACCUAGGCUACAUCUAAGUUGUAAGAAAAAUGAUCUGGAUUGUCAUUUAUAUUGGUUGCAAUUUCUUUGGAAGUGUGCCUCUCCAUCACUUGAUUUAAACCUAUUAUAGGCCUAACUAACGUUAGAAGAAUAGGGAUCAGCUCUAUAACGAUAUCUAGAUCUACCUCGGGAAUACGGAUACCUGAACGUUGGAAGCAUGUAAAGCGAGCAGAAAAAAAUGGAAUUAAAAUCGACAAUAAUGUUAUCAAUGAUAAAUGAUCAAUGUCAUAGCUUGAAAAAAAAUUAUGAAAACAACGUUGCCGAGAUAUAUUUUAUUCUAAAAUUGAUGAAAACCAUGCGGGUAAAAAAACAACUAGAUAAUGACCUUUUCGUUAAUAUUUUAUUUCUUUCAGGUCCCAUUGUAAAUGCACAGACAACAGACGAAUCCGUGGUCACUCUACUGGCAGCAACAACGCAAGAAGCAGUCCAAGAUCCCUGUGGGACAAAUCCAUGCACAGAUGCCAGGACACACUGCGUGGCGGAUGGGGAGUCAUACACGUGUGAAUGCAAACCAGGGUAUACUAAAGUCGGAAGUAACUGCACAGGCUCCCAGCAAAUCUCUGGCUCCUUUUCAGUCACACAGAUUGGCGGUAGUACUAUAUCGUAUUCCGCUGAUCUUGCAGACCCAACCUCUGCAGCCUUUGUUUCUUUAGCUGAAGAUGUAGAAGAUGCGGUUGAUACGGUAUACCUAGCCAGUACUAUGGCAGACAUCUAUCUUGGCUGUGAGGUGACGGGCUUCAGAAGUGGCUCAGUUGUGGCUGACUACAAUGUUCUAUUUGCUACAGAAGAUGCCUCGAACCAACCUGUGGUUGUGAACCUGACCGAAGCGACAGAGGCCUUCACGACAGCCCUGGCCGCAGAGGCAGGCUCACUUGGUAUAACCAUUGAUGAAACAACAGUCACCGUUACAGAUUACGACGAAUGUGCGUCCCCCGAUGACUACGACUGCGACCCUAAUGCUAACUGCACCAAUACUGUAGGAUCGUUUACCUGUGUGUGCGAACCGGGUUAUCAAGACGACUCAACGGAUCCCAACAGACCCGGUCGACUUUGUUCCGAAAUACCUCCAAACACCGCCUGUGAUUCUAACCCCUGUACCUUGCCCAAAGAAAUGUGUAAUCCUGUUGGAGAUACCGAGUAUGAAUGUAAAUGCAUCGAGGGCUACGAUUACACCCAAUAUGGCGACUGUGAACCGAUGGCUCGGUCGACCACUUUCAGAUGCUACCAUUGCCAGGAUUCUAUCGACAACGUUAAAUGCAAUGGUCGCAUGGAAUCCGAGAAUGGCACUGCCCAAAGGUGUCCAAACCCAACAGACACGUGUUAUCAGACUAUUCAGAUGAACCCGAAAGGAGAUGGAUUCAUGAUCAGAAAAGGUUGCAUGGAUCUGGAGGAGUGCUAUGACCUACUUUACAGUUUCGAAGCCGACCCCGAGAAGGCAUCCUGCUUUGAGUACAUCUUUCCCUACGGGAGGGACACCCCACCGGGCCCCGGGGUACAGUGCCACUACUGCUGCAGCGAGUACUUUCCCCUCGAUCUUUGCAACUACGACAGUAUCCAUUUUAUUUACGGGACUCCCCGAAUCAACAGCUGGGAUCCGAGAAUGAAUUGGGAUUUUACCAUGAACUACGUAACAGACGAGCCCGAGAGUGGGUCACAGCGCCAUCUACCGUUCUGUGGCGUACUAAGCCUCAUCGUCACCACUUUACUUACCUAUUUGCUCCAUUAACAAUAUUACCUCUUUAGUAUUUUUAAUUCAGUUUUUGAAGUAGGGGAAGUUAGAUUAUUCGGGGGAACAACGUAAAUUACAAACACAAGUGAAGUUAAUUGAAAGAGGAAGAAUGAAAGACAUAAAUAAAUACUAGUAGAAGAGUAAUAUGAAUAAAAUGUGUACCAAGCACUCGGCUGGCUAAUUUGAAAGAAAAGGGGAUUUUUAUGAAUACUUUUAAAUCAUAUACGAAUUAUGGAGUGCAUGUGCUUUAAAAACAGCUCAAUUUGUCAUGUGAUGCUGGCCUUAUUUGAUGUUUAAUCAAAAAGCUGAUUUAAAUUGAUUAGUAUUCCGAAUAUGCAAUUGAAUCAAAUAACAAAUAGGACAAAGGAAUGACAUGAAUUUGUAACUUUGAAUUUAUAUUGAUCAAAUUUGAUUAUAUUUAUUCGUUUCAAAUUAAAAGAGAAUGAACUUUAAAGAAUGGUGUUUGAACCGUUCCCUAAAUUUUCAGUUGCAUUUGAAAAAAAUAUACAUAGUCAACUUUAACAACUCAGGUUUAUAAUGUGGCUAUACAUCUUAAUAUAUUAUAUUUGGUUCUUUUUGGAAAAAGUCUAUGCGCGUUUGUAUUCGAAAUAAAACUGUCAAAAAUAAUGUUCAUUGAAAAAUGGUUCCAACUUUUAAAUAUAUGAUUUUAUAUGUAUGUUAAUUUUAUUUUUCUUGCAAACUGUGUUGUCUUUUACAUUGUUUUGUUACAAGUUGUACAGCGGGUCAGUUUCACAAAGACUUACAAUUAUGGGAAAUUUUCAUUAUGGUAAAUAACUUGACAAAAUCUAUUUUGAUCGGCAUCCUCCAAGUCAUUUUACUAUGUGAGUUUCCAUAAUGGUUAAUGGACAUAAUCGUAAGUUCUUUCUGAAACGCACAUUUCGAAAUGACCAAAAAGGCCAGAAUACACACGCAAAAUACAAAACAGG